AUGCAUCUUUGGAUUCCGUAUGUUUUGCUAAGUGCAACAUCAGUAUGCACUGUUGAGGUGUUUGGCCAUUAUGGAGAAAUAUGUCAAGGACUGUGUGCCUGUGAGGAGAGAGAAGGGAUACUUACGGUGAGCUGUGAAAACAGAGGGAUUGGAAGUGUCUCAGACGUAAGCCCCGUGUACUCCCCCCAAUAUCAUCUGCUGCUCACUGGGAAUCUUUUGAAAAAGCUAUCUGCCAAUGAUUUUAUUGAGUUCAAAGGACUAACAAUAUUACAUCUGGGAAAUAAUGAAAUAUCUGAUGUCGAAGCGGGAGCUUUUAACGGACUACAGGGAUUGAAACGAUUACAUCUCAACAAUAACAAAAUUGAUGCCUUGAAGGAAGAGUUUUUCUUUGGCCUUGAAAGUCUGGAAUAUCUACAGAUUGAUUACAACUAUAUCACUCAUGUGGUGCCAAAUGCCUUCAGCAGACUUCGACAUCUGGAGGUCCUGAUUCUAAAUGACAAUUUAAUAUCGGCUCUGCCUGUAAACAUUUUCCAGUAUGUACCAUUGACUCAUUUAGACUUAAGGGGGAAUCAGCUCAAAGUCCUCCCCUACUCGGGUCUGCUGGAGCACAUGAACAGCGUUGUGGAGUUACAGCUGGAGGAGAAUCCGUGGAACUGCUCCUGCGAGUUGAUUGCUCUCAAAACGUGGCUCGAGAGCAUAUCAUACACAGCUCUUGUCGGCGAUGUUGUGUGUGAGUUCCCCUUUCGGCUUCACGGGAGAGAUCUUGAUGAGGUUUCAAAACAAGAGUUGUGCCCGAGGAGAGCCAUCGCUGAAUAUGAGAUGCCGCCCCUGCCACCCACUAAGGGACCACGCCAGUCAGCCAAACUAAAAUCGAGACCCACCGCUCGAGUCCCAUCGAACAAACCACAAAAUUAUGGCCAAAUUGUUUCAUAUCAGACCAAAUCGCCUGUGCCUUUAGACUGCCCGACUGCCUGCACCUGCAAUCUUCAAAUUUCCGACCUUGGCCUGAAUGUGAACUGCCAGGAGCGAAAGAUUGAGCUGAUCUCUGACCUAAAUCCCAAACCUUACAAUCCCAAAAAGAUGUAUCUCACAGGGAAUUACAUAACAGUGGUGCAUAGGUCAGAUUUUAUUGAGGCAACUGGAUUAGAUUUGCUUCAUCUUGGUAACAAUCGAAUAGCUCGUGUCCAUGACCGAGCUUUUGGCGAUUUGACACAUCUACGAAGACUAUACCUUAACGGGAAUUUGAUAGACCAUCUUACAGCUGAUAUGUUUUAUGGAUUAGAUAGCCUACAGUUCUUGUAUUUAGAAUAUAAUGUCAUUAAAGAGGUGACCUCUGACACCUUUCACUAUCUACCCAAACUUCAGCUUCUUUUUCUGAACAACAACCUCUUGAAAACCUUACCAGAGGGAACUUUUAUUGGCCUGACAUUAGCCAGACUAAAUCUCCGCAACAACCAUCUGCGAUAUCUGCCAGUCAGCGGUGUACUAGAUCAGCUUACUGCACUGGUACAAGUUGAUUUGUUUGAGAAUCCCUGGGAUUGCUCUUGCAGCAUACUGGAGCUGAAGAUGUGGCUCGAGCAGCUUAGCACUGGCACAGUUGUAAACAAUGUCAUAUGUGGAUCCCCCAAGAAACUCGCUGGAGAGGAUAUGAGAUACAUUAAGACAACUAAUUUCUGCCCUAAUAACUCUGAUAUACUUGCCUCCAUGAUACCACCCUCUGAAGAAUCCUUUCCUGGCAGCACUAUCACCAUAGAAACAUCCUUGGACUCUGACACUCAAUACGGCACUAUUCCUUUAUCGGUGAUGAUUCUUGCCCUUCUCCUCAUGUUCAUUAUGUCUGUGUUUGUGGCUGCGGGGUUGUUUGUGGCAAUGAAAAAGAGACGUCAAAAGAGUCAAAACGAGCAGAACAACUCCAUGAACGCUUGCAUCAGCUCUCUCAACAUGGAAUAUGGCCUUUACAAAAAGGGAUCCAUCCCCAAAGUGAGAACAUCUUCUGGACAUGUGUACGAGUACAUCCCACCUCCCACCGAAUCCACGUGCAGAAAUACUGCACACACGCCGACGGACAACAAAUCAGUGGAUGGAUUUAGAGACUUUGAUGAGUUGAGCGGCACUUUUCUGGGUAACUCAGAUGAAGAGGCAGCCAGUAAUGUAAUAAGCUCAGAAUACAGUGCCACUACUCCAGAGCCUCUUAACAAGCCCUCCACCCCUCACCAAGAUGAUCCGUGCUACUACAGAGACGUACUCGAGCCUGACAAGCAUAGGCGCUACAGCAAUACACUACCAUGCAGGCAUACAGCACAUUCAUCGAAUCAGUAUACCUCAGACUUUGAUGCAAGGCAUCAAUACGUUCACCCCGACAGAAUACAACAGACAAUACUCUAUUGUACAGCACCAAGUACUGUUUAUGUGGAACCCAACAGGAGCGAGUACUGGGAACUGAAAGCAAAGCUUCAUAUUGAUCCGGAUUACCUUGAGGUUCUUGAAAAACGAACUACAUUUACACAGUUUUGA